UUGGGGUUCAGCAUUAGAUUAGAAAAGAAAAGAAAAGAAAAGAAAAGAACGCUUCUCUCCUUCCUUCUCCCUCUCCCUUUCCUCUCUGUCUCUAAUCUCUAUUGCUUUGUACCAACGUCGUUUUCUCUGUUGUUUUGGGUUCUUCUCCCUCCUUCUUUAUACAACACAUAAACCCACUCAUCGUUCUCCACCACCGCUGCAACGAAUGCCCGCGUCUCGCCCAUCGUCCUUCUAGUUUCCCUCCUCAUCCAUCAGUCUCUCUCACCCCUUCGUAGUCAUCACACUGGAGACAGAGGUAUACUCUCUUUGAUUUCUCCAUAUAUACUUUCCGAUUUUUCCCUUUCAAAACUGCAACAUUUUAAGUCUUAAUUGGCACCUCUAUGAUCUCGCAUGUACCACUCUUUAAAACCACAACCCUAAUAUGCACCCCACCACAUUUUGAAUCUGUUCCAAAUAAAUUAUCAAUCUUCGUGUGAGUUAAUAUUUCCAUCAUAAACACAUCAAUAAUGGUGGUUUCCACCACAAUCUCUUCUUCGAUUCAAGUCUGCUCGCAAAUUCUAGUAUGAUCUUAUCAACCGUCCUAAAUUUGUAACAAAGCAUCUCUUAGAUUCUUUUCCCCAUAAACAUGUCCUCGUCAAUCGUGUCCUCACUAACCACUCUGGCAAACAAGAACUUGUGUUCUCCAUCCUCAAAUUCUCUCUCAAUGGAUCUGUGUCUAUUAUGGACAUCAAUUUGACAUUCCAAGAGAUCGAUCCACUUUUAGAACUUUGUGGCCAUUCUCACGGCUUAGUUUGUCUUACUGAUUGUGACGAUGUGUUCCUCGUUAAUCCUAUGACUAGACAGUUUCAUAAACUUCCGCCAUCGAUUCUUAUCUUUCGUGGUUGCCAUCAUGACGAUCCUGAUUAUUACUCUGCAAUACCAUUUACUAUCGGAUUUGGGUAUGAUGCAAAAUCUAGUGAUUUCAAAGUUGUUAGAAUUGUGAGUUGUCGAGGACAAGCAGAAUUCAGGAUGAGAGUGGAAAUUUAUGAUUUGAGCAAAGAUAAAUGGAGAGAAAUUGGAGCUCCUGAUAUUUGUGGCAGUGCAUCAAGCACAUGUACAUUUGAUAUGUAUCACGAAGGAAUAUUUUAUUGGUGGGGAUACGGUGAACCAAUGAUUUUCGAAGCAGACCAUAUUAUAACAUUUGAUAUGAGUGAAGUGAUUUUUGAUGAAGUUUCAUUAUCGGAGAGCUACGAUGACAAAAAGCAUAAAAUAAGUUUAAGGGUUUUGAAUAAAUCCAUUGUUCUUUUUAUUUAUCCAUUUGAAAGUAAUGAGACAAAUAUUGACAUUUGGGAGAUGGAGAAUGAUGAAUAUGGUGUUGUUUCGUGGUCGAAGCUAUUGACGAUUGACCCUCAUUUUGGAGUUGAGCACCCAUUGUUGUUUGUAAGCUGUGAAGAACUAUUAAUGGAAUCUAAUGAAGGACAUGUAAUUAUGUAUAACAAUAAAACUCAGCAGUUCAAAAAGCUCCAAAUAGAAGGGGAUGUAACUUAUGUAAAACCUCACAGAAUCGAAGCUCGUGAUCUUUUCAUUAAGAGUUUGGUAUCAGUGGAAGGAGGAAAUCAAUUAUGAUUUUUAGUAUUUUCAGGUUUCACUAUUGUAAGUCAUUGUUUGAUGUAUGUUGUUUGAGUGAUAUGAGUUUUAGUAUUUUUCAAACUAUUUUAAGCAAAGUUUAGACGGAGAAAUGACAAUGGUUGCUUAACUUUCACAAAGUCGACUUGUAUUACUUUUGGAACAAAAUUGAUAUUUUUAACAUAGAAGUUGAAGAAAUGUGUAUUGGCAUUUUAGUAUUA